CCUAUCUCCCCCAAACCAAAAAACCAAUUCCGUCUCUUUCUCUUCUACAAAAUUAGGGUUUUGAGAGAAAACAAAAUCUGAUUGAGAGAAAUUUUGUUGUUGUAUUGAUGGGGAAAAAGAGGAAAUCAAUCGCUUCUCGUCUUGAUGAAGUUGAUCGGACCAUGUAUUCAACUUUCUGUAAUGCCGCAAAUUCAUUAUCUCAGCUUUAUACACAAGCCAUGAAUCAACAGAAACUUUCAUUUCAAGCUGGAGAAAGAAAUGCAAUGGAGAAACUCUAUGACUGGAUCCGGCGACAACAACAGGAAGGGUCAAGAGUUGCAACUUCGGAUAUACUCGCCUACUUGCAGAAUGAGCUCGACUAUGGUGGAGAAGAGCCCCCUAUAUCUCCCAACCUUCCGUUCCCGCAACAGCACCCUCAUUUGACUUUCAUGAAUCCAAGCAUCCAAGUAUCCUCUGGCUCAUUAAGCUCGGCGACUGCUGGACAGGUUUCUAGGUCAGGUCAGUUUGAUAACCAGGUUAAGAACACAAGUUUCUCAAAUGCUUUAUCGAGCCCAGUUCGUAGGAGCUUCCAGAACUGUCAGUUGGCUCAGGGAGGCGAUAAUAUAAACAAUGUCAUACCUUCUAAGAAUGGAGUUAGGAAUGACGCCCACUCUAAUGACACCUUUAUGGACAUGCAUUCAGAUAGUCCCACUUCUUCAUCCUGAUUAGUUGAAGUAUGUCUCGGGAGGUUAUGAAAGUUCUUAAAAGGUUUUGAAGUCUUUUUUGUUGUGGUGAUCCAAUCUCCAUGUGGAAGAGAAGCGUGAUAUGGAAGUGUCAAUAGUUUCCGGAAAAUAAACGCGCCAUGCUUGGUUAGUUCUUGACUAUACAGAGGAGACAAAUUAUUUGAUAGAAUACCAGAAUCCAUCAUUCGAUUUGUUCAUAAAAGGCUUUCUCUGAUCUUUUGCUUAGGGGACUCUCAAUAUGUGAAAUGUAAACUUUGUUUUUUUUUGUUUUCUUUUUAGUUGGGGUCCUAAUAUCUCAUUUUAGUUAUAUUUACAUACUCCGUAUUAAUCUAUAUAUAGAAACUGUUUGUUGCUUGUAAUCUGGACAAUUUUUGGGUCA